UAGUUAUCAACUAUGAAAACCAUCACAAACCAAGAAACCAUUAAACCAUCGUCCCCAACGCCACCUCACCUCAACCGUUAUAAUCUUCAUUCAUUGAUGACAAGAUUCCCAACUUUCAUAUGCCAUGGGUUUUCUUCUACAAAAACAACAACAAAGAUUAUGACAUCAUCAACAAAUUAAAAAACUCCUUGUCAAAAUGUUUAACACAUUACUAUCCAUUCGCAGGUCGGCUCCCAUCACCACCUCCUGCGUCUUACGUCGAUUGUAACGAUCAAGGAAUCGAGUUCUUGGAAGCUUCUAUCGAUGUUCCACUCGAAGAAUUUGUCCUCAAGAGAGACCCGGACGAAACCAUAAUUAAAAAACUCGUUCCUAGUGUUGGUAUCGAAAGUAAUCGUUUGCUUGAGGUCCAAGUCAACCAUUUUUCUUGCGGUGGAGUUGGAGUGGCUGUUUCCAUCACACAUAAAAUUGCUGAUGGGUUCACAAAGGCCUACUUGGUCAACCACUGGGCGACUGUUACACGUGGUGGAUCACCAAUAAACCCAACUUUUAUUUCUUACCCCAUAAGAGAUAAUAAUCAAGAUGGUCAGUCUCAUGAUCGUAUGAAAUCACCAUCUAAAGAUAAGUAUACACAAAAAAGAUUUGUGUUUUGUAACUCAAAAUUGGGUGAUCUCAAGAACAAGAUAAAUAAUACGGCGGGUGUGACUCCGUUGAACCCUACCCGGGUCGAAUCAUUAGCAUCUCUACUUUUUAAAUGUGCGGUGAAUGCAGCCACAACGAAAGCAGGAGGCUCUUUUCAGCCCUCAAACUUGACUCUAGCGGUGAACAUGAGAGAUAAUGUUGUUAGUACCGCUUCUCUUAAUAAUGUGGUAGGAAACGUAGUAAAUCUAGCCGUUGCGAAGAUGGCAACGGAUGAUAUCCAAUUAAACGAGGUGAUAACGAGUUUGAGGAAAGAUAGAAUGGAGAUGCAAGGGGGAGUAAUAAAAGAUGUUGAUGAAAAUGGGGAAAUGUUUUUAAAAAAGAAAAUGGGCUUAGUACUAGACAAAAGUCGUCGAACUUAUACAUGUACGAGUCUAUGUAAUUCUCCAAUGUACAAGGUGGACUUUGGGUGGGGAAACCCUUUACGAGUAAUUUUACAAACUAGUAAAUUCAAUGAUUCAAGCUACUUUAUUUUGAUGGAUACUCCUUCUGGAGAUGGUAUUGAAGCAACAGUGAUUUUAAAAGAAGAAGAAAUGACUUUUUUUCAAAAUGACAAGGAAUUCCUUUCAUUUGUCCAAGACUAGCGUGUACGUGUUGAUCCAAGGUAUAAGUACGCUUAAUUUCUACCCCAAUAAAUAGCCUUUUCAUGAUAAUGGUCAGCGUUUGUUUGUGUUG